AUGCAGGUGAACGAUAAGGUAACCCCGAGCUCCAGCACAUCCCGAGAGCCCCAGCACAUCCCUAAGACAUCCAGCACAUCCCCAAGACAUCUAGCACAUCCCCGGGGCUCCAGCACAUCCCCAAAGACAUCUAGCACAUCCCCGGGGUUCCAGCACAUCCCCGGGGUUCCAGCACAUCCCGAGGGCUCCAGUUCAUUCCCAAGACAUCCAGCACAUCCUCAAGACAUCCAGCCCUUUCCCGGGGUUCCAGCACAUCCCAAGACUUCUAACACCCCCCGGGGGCAGCACAUCCCAGAGGCCGCAACACAUCCCCGGGACCCCAGCACAUCCCCAAGACAUCUAGUUCAUCCCCGGGACCCCAGCACAUCCCCGUGUCUAGCACAUCCCGGGACCCCAGCCAUCAGCACCAGGAAGACAUUAGGCCAAGCAACUGGAAGCAUCGGGCCAGACUUAGACAGUGGGUCAUUUGCAUAA